ACAAACAGAGAGAAAAUGGCUUGUUACUUCUCAAAAGGGUCUGUUCUAGUCAUUCUUCUUUUAGGAAUUUGCUUGGUCAGUGAAGCUCAACAAUGUCGUCCAAGCGGAAGAAUCAGAGGAAGGAAGCCCCCUCCUGGACAAUGUAACACGGAGGAUGACUCUGACUGCUGUAAAGCUGGAAAAAUGUACCCAACCUACACUUGCUCACCACCAACGUCGGGUAACACUCGUGCAUAUCUCACUCUCAACAGCUUUGAGGCAGGUGGUGACGGAGGAGGCCCAUCCGAAUGUGACGGCAAGUACCACAAUGACAACACUCCGGUUGUUGCAUUAUCCACCGGAUGGUACAAUGGUGGAUCAAGGUGCCUUAACAACAUCAGAAUUAAUGGUAAUGGGCGUAGCGUGGUGGCCAUGGUGGUGGAUGAGUGUGACUCUACUGAGGGAUGUGAUGCAGACCACGAUUAUCAGCCUCCUUGUCCAAACAACAUUGUCGAUGCCUCGAAGGCUGUCUGGAAAGCUUUAGGCGUAUCUGAGGGCAACUGGGGUGGCUUGGAUAUCACCUGGUCUGAUGCUUAGUUUGUUCGGAUUGUUGCUUAUGUAUUGUUGUAUACGAGUGUGUGUCUAUGUAUGUAUGUGGAAUUAUACAAUAUAUAUGAUAUUGAAGACUACUGAUAUUUACUG